AGAGCCAGUGAUAACAGUAAAUUGAGCGCCGAUAGAAAGACGCCACGACCAUCAACAACUGACUCGAGCACAGCCAAACAAACAUCGCGUCAGUGCCGCUGUUCACUCCACCUUAAUACCUUCACUUACCUGGAGGAAUUGCCGUUGUGAGACUACCAGGACGCGACCCAGACAUGUAACACCCCUCACCCCACCGGCCGUGACCUGACGUGACCUGCCCUGCCCUGCCCUGCCCUGCUCUGCUCUGCUCUUCCCCGCCACUGAAUGCACACCAAACACUCAUCAUGAAGUUGUACUGCCUGAGUGGCCACCCCAACAAGCCAUGCAAUGUGGUCACCUUCAAGAGCUGUACACUCAUGCUGGACUGUGGCCUCGACAUGACCAGCGUGAGUCACUUCCUGCCUCUGCCGCUGGUGUCCUCGGCGAGACUCAACUCCCUCAACACCUGGGUGCCGCGGGACACUGACUCACAGCUGGAGGGGGAGCUUAGGGAGUGCAUGAACCGAGUGUUUGUGGAUUCCCCGCCAGAGUUCGUUCCACCCGCUUCAGGUUUGGUGGAUUUCUCGGAGGUGGAUGCAAUUCUGGUGUCCAACUACCACAGUAUGCUGGCGCUGCCCUUCAUCACCAAUCACACUGGCUUCAGGGGCGUGGUGCUCAUGACGGAACCCACGCUGCAGAUUGGAAGGCUGUUCAUGGAGGAGCUGGUAGAGUACAUAGAGAGGACCCCCAAGGCACGCCACGCCUCUCGCUGGAAGAACUACCUCCGCUGUCUGCCCCCGCCACUGUCCGAGGUGCGGUCGCCUAAGAUGUGGCAGGCAGCUUACACCAUGAAGGCCAUCAACGCUGCCCUGAGCCACGUCCAGAUUGUGGCCUAUAAUGAAAAUAUUGACAUAUGUGGGGCCCUGAAGGUGACGGCGGUGAGCUCUGGCUUCUGUCUGGGCAGCUGCAAUUGGCUAAUCUGCUCGGACCAUGAGAAGCUGGCAUACCUGAGUGGGUCGUCAACGCUCACCACCCACCCGAGGCCCAUCGACCAGAAUUCCCUCAAAAAUGCUGACGUUCUCAUCAUGACGGCUCUCAACCACACUCCGCUCUUCAAUCCGGACUCCAUGUUGGGGGAGUUUUGUGUGGCUGUGGCCCAGACGAUAAGGAACGGGGGGAACGCGUUGGUGCCUUGUUAUCCAAGCGGUGUGGUGUACGAUCUGUUCGAGUGUCUCUCCAAUCAUAUGGAUAAUCUCGGCCUUUCUCUCAUCCCUAUGUAUUUCGUCUCCCCUCGUGCUGAGAACUCCCUGGGGUACUCCAAUAUCUUCUCCGAGUGGUUGUCUUCAAGCAAGCAGGGAAAGGUUUACUCCAUGGACGACCCCUUCCCCCAUGCACACCUCUCUCGCUUGGGGCGCCUCAAGGCCUUCAAGAGUCUCGACGCAGAGGGAUUCAGCUGUGAGUACAGGCAGCCCUGCAUUGUGUUCUGUGGCCACCCCAGCCUGCGGUUCGGAGACGCUGUGCACUUCAUUGAUAUGUGGGGCAACAACCCGCAGAAUGCCAUCCUCUUCACAGAGCCUGAGUUUGACAUAGGGGAGGUGUUAGCGCCCUUCCAGCCCCUGGCGAUGCGACAAGUGUACUGCCCCAUCGACACCAGCCUGGACUUCACACAGGCAAGAAAGCUGAUCAACGAGCUGAAGCCGGCCAAGCUGGUGGUGCCUGAGGUGUACAUGAGGCCGCCUGCCAAUGCCCCGCACCGCACUGACCUCACCCUUGACCUGGAGGAGGCACCACUGACCUAUGGGGAGUGCCAGCUGCUUAACCUCGGCAUUCAGCGGCGCCUGGAGACCAUGAGCAUCACCCCUGACCUAGCACUGGCACUAAACCCCAUCACCAUUAGGCCUGGCAUCGUCACCACCACCAUCACCGCCACAGUACAUACCAGGGACAAUAAAUAUACCCUACAGCCCUUAGAUGAUGGGGACACAGAGCCACACGCCCGCCUGCCUACUUGCUACCCUUACGGCAACCUGAAUGUAGAUGAGCUGGUGCAGAGGCUGGCGCAGGCUGGCUUGGCGGAUGCGAGGGUGGAUGACAGCAAAGAGGGCCUUGUUAUUACUCUGGCCAACGACGAUGUGGUGAUCCAAAUUAACGAGUUUGCCACGCACAUCAUCUCAGCCAACAGUUCUUUGAGGGAGAAGCUGCGAGACAUCCUGCUGGAGUGUCUGGGGAGCUUCUGAGGGGGUGACUGUGGGGGAGCGGAGGGAUGUGACUGACUGAAGGAAGAACUGACUAGCUGACUGACUGACUGACUGACUCGCAAACCAGCUGACUUAAUGUUCAAAUAACUGAUAAACAAGCAAAGUUGCCAAAAAAACAACUGACUGACUGACUAGACUACUGUGCCUUGUCCCUCCCCUACCCGCCCCUCCCCCCAACCCUCCCUUACUAGUGUAGUGGGGCUAACUGAAAUAUCUUAAUAAACUGUUGAAAUUUU